CGCAAACAUUAGGAUAAUUCUUGGUCGCAAAAGGAUCUCUUAACGUUAACCCCUAGCUAUUUGUACGUCAUUUUCCGUCCCAGCAAUUAAUUGGUUCUACUUCAUUGUGGUCCUUCCCAACAACAACUAGUACUACAACAUCUACCACGCAGGAGGUAGAAUGCGACCACCCUCGAGCUCAGCAGGCAAAAUGCGGAUGCCACCCUCGAGCUCAGCAGGCAAAAUGCGGAUGCCACCUCCCACGACCUCAGCAGGCAAAAUGCGGAUGCGAUCUUCGUUGCUCCGACUUGUGGGCGUUGGUACCUCCUGCACCACUGGCGUCCUGGGUCUCGCACCACGCGGGCUCUUUUCGAGGAACAGCACUUUUUUCCAAAACAAUUGGUCGACAGCGGACAAGGAUUCCUCGCAUGGAGCAAGUGCUGGACAGACGGCGGACCUUUCCUCGAGUGUCGGAGGUGCUGUUGCGGAUCCGAAGUUUAUGCAUUUAUAUAAGUAGUCAUUCUUGUCCCUACUCAUGGUAAUAUUUGUUUGAGAGAAUAUAAGGAUCCUGGUCUUUUCCGGUUUCAGUCAUCAUAUUUAGCGCCUGGUGUUGUAGGUGUAUUGUCAAAGACGACCUCUCUAAUAAUCAUUAUUGGGAUUCUGGUUCUGGAGGACAAGCGGAAGAGCAACUACAGCUUUACGAUCAUGAGAACGACGAGUCUGCUUCUGGUAUUGCACCUAAUCAUGUAUGAACUAGAAGAACUUGGAUACCUCCCGUGGUUAAUCAUGAACUAGAACUUGGACACCUCCCGUUGAUGAAAUCGAACUUGAAUGCCUCCCGUUAAAAAUCAUGAACUAGAACUUCUUGAUAGACCCAGUUAAUGGAAUAGAACUUGGAUACCCGUUGAUCUUGAUGAAAUAGAACUUGAAUGCCCGUUCAUGAGCUGGAAGUUGGAUACCUCCCGUUAACCAUGAACUCGAACUUCUUGAUAGACCCAGGUAAUGAGCUUAUUUCUACUCCUGGUAUUAUAGCGGAGAAUCUGGUUCUAUAGCGGAAGAAAAGAUCCAUCUUCCUAUACCACACGAGCAUCUAUUGUGAUUCAAGAGCAUCUACUAAGUAAUUGAUUAUAUCUAGUACACUAGAAACAGUAGUUGUUCUUUUCGGAUAAUAUUACUAGACUUCAGCGCCCGAUAGCUCUCCCUCCACCAGAAUCCUCCACCUCCUUCGCGCAUUUCCUUCGCGAAGACGCGCCUCCCCCGCUCCUCUUCCGCCAGCUCGCGGCGCUUUCCUGGCGAAGUGGUCCGCGCCAGAGAAGUCGGAACAGAGGCGCCGCGGAAUUUAACAGAGGCGGCCGCUUCUGUCUCUGAGGUUUUUGAGAUGUCUCAAGGUGUGUCUGCUUUUGAAUUUAGUGCAGGGCUUUGGGCUGGGAGUCCGAGUCUUGAGCGCAAAGCUUCGCGCGUAAGUCUUUGAGGUGGAGACUGGGGCGAGAUUGAUGGAAGCCCUUGGCCUGCAGCUUGAAGCUCGCGACCGCUUGCACUGUGAAGCUUUGGGCUUCAGCAAAGCUCGAGGCGUAGAGCCUCGAGCUUGGCGCUUUGAUUUUGAAGCUCUGGGCUUGCAAGCUGAAGCUUUGGACCCGAACGAAGUGCCGGGCUUGGAGGGUUUUGCCUGAAGUCUUGGACCUGAGACUUUGGGUCUGAAUUCCUCAAAUUCAAAAACCUCCGACUUUAGCAAUUUUGUCUGGAAUUCAAUUUCUUGGAAUUGAAUUGCUCAAACCCAAAGGCUUUCGACUUUGGCGAGCUUUUCUGAGGUUCAAUCUCUUGGAUUUGAAUUCCCCAAGCCCAAAAAGUUUCGACUUUAAGUUAACAAGUCCCGCCGGGAUCCAAAUUCCCGCCAAUGAAUUUCUCAAGUGCAAAAGCUUCGACCUUAGCAAGCUGGUCCGAAAAUUCAAACUCUCUCCUAAGUCUCAAAUCCGAAAGUUUUUGCCUUUGUUUCCCAAGUUUUGCCGAAAUUCAAUCUCUUGGCUUUCAAUUUAUCAAACCCAAAAACCCUCGACCUCGCCAAGCUUUUCCGAGGCUCAGUCUGUUGGACUUGAUUCGCGAGCUUUGAGAAAUUAGCUCGUAAGUUCCUAAGUUUACAAAUUCACAAACUCACAAGCCCACAAAUUCACAAACCCACAAGCCCACAAAUUCACAAACUCACAAGCCCACAGCCUCACAACCUCACAGGUUUACUAAUUUACUAACCCAAGAAUUCAGAAGUUCGCAAUUAAUUCACAAACUCAGAAACCCCCAAGCCCAUAAAUUCAGAAACAAACUCAUAAAUUCAUAAAUUCGUAAAUUCAUAGAUUCCUAAGUUCGCAAAUUCAGAAGCUCCUAAGUUCGUAAGUUCAUAAUUAAGUUCGCAAGUUCAUAAGAAAGCUCUUAAGUUCAAAGGUGAAAGAGUGAGAGUUUGGGGUUUGGGGUUUCUUUGGAAGUGGGAGAGUGCGAGCAGUUUGGAAGGGUCGUUGUUUUUUUUUAAUGUAGCUCGUUAAUAUUGCUUACUUUUCUUCGGUGGAUUCGGAGCCCCCGUCUAGAAGUGAGCAGAUGAAGCUCUUUCGUUUAUAAUAAUGUCUGUGGUUCUUAAUCUUACAACUACAAAUAUAAUCUCAGAUGAUGUUGUUUUCUCGGCACGUGGGUUUUUGCAGCGAAACGACGACUCUCGAAGGCAGGAGAUCGAGUAUACUGGCGAAAGCGUGAAUCGUGACCAGUUGCCGUCGCUGUUAAGGCUCUUGUAAAAAGAACUAUUUUCUAUUUUGUUUAGUAUUAGUUCUUCUAUCUAGAAGUUUAGACCACUUUGCAAAGUCCUAGGUAGACCUUGAUGUCGCUUAUUAGUUCUUGUUGUAAAAGAUUUCAAUUUUCAGUUUUACAACAACUUCUUGAUAUAUAUUCAUCGUACACGUUGCGCGACUAGAAAUUAUAGAAUAAGCAAUUUACAACGUGUACGACCGUAAUUUACGUCUCCUUGUCCUUGAUGUAGUUUAAUAUUGUAUCUACUGUAUGAAGAUGAUGGGGAUGAUGAUCGUUGUCAUCAUCCUCAUCAUCGUGGCGACCGUCAGCGCCCUCAGGAUCACCAUCGUCCUCAUUACUGUGAACCCCAUCGCAUGGAUGUAUCCUCAUUUUUCUGAUGCAUCAUCUUUUCUGUUUUCUCUAAAUUGCAUCGAUGACCCGGCCACGAACACGAUGGAGGAGAAAGUCCUGAAAGAAACUUUCCUAGAGCUUGUUCCCCUACAAUGGAGUCAUUCCCCAGCGAAUCUCGAGGCUAACACGAACGCCCCCAAGCACUUCUUAGAGUGGCUCACGCAGUAUUGCAUGAAAAAGGCGGCGCAAAUGUACGACGAGAAGCACCCAUUGUCGGACCUGGUAGGCGGCGAAAUGGUCACCAGGGGCAUGGGA